UACGCCUAUGCACAUCUCCAUCACCACCACUGGUCUUCAUUCAGCCUAUUAACUUAUAUCUAUCUACUCCAGAGCAGACAAGAACUCGACACCAUGAAGGUGUUGCUCGUUGCCCUCGCUCUCCUGGCUCUCGCGGCGAGCGCCGCCUCCACGCUUACAACCGGCGGCUGCGGCUGCCAGACACCUCAUCUACCACCACCGCCGGUUCAUCUGCCGCCGCCGGUGCAUCUGCCACCGCCGGUGCACCUGCCGCCGCCGGUUCACGUGCCACCGCCGCCACCACAAUGCCACCCACACCCUACUCUACCGCCCCACCCACAUCCAUGCGCUACAUACCCACCGCAUCCAAGCCCGUGCCACCCAGGGCAUCCCGGAUCCUGCGGUGUUGGCGGCGGCCCCGUCACCCCGCCGAUCCUGGGCCAGUGCAUCGAGUUCCUGAGGCAUCAGUGCAGCCCGGCGGCGACGCCCUACUGCUCGCCACAGUGCCAGGCGUUGCGGCAGCAGUGCUGUCAGCAGCUCAGGCAGGUGGAGCCGCUGCACCGGUACCAGGCGAUCUUCGGCGUGGUCCUGCAGUCCAUCCAGCAGCAGCAGCCGCAAGGCCAGUCGUCACCGCUCCCGGCGCUGAUGGCGGCGCAAAUAGCACAGCAACUGACGGCGAUGUGCGGUCUAGGAGUGGGGCAGCCAAGUCCCUGCGCUUCUUGCAGCCCUUUUGCCGGUGGUGUCCACUAUUAAAGAAACUAUCUAUACUGUAAUAAUGUUGUAUAGCCGCCGGAUAGCUAGCUAGUUUAGUCAUUCAGCGGCGAUGGGUAAUAAUAAAGUGUCAUCCAUCCAUCACCAUGGGUGGCAACGUGAGCAAUGACCUGAUUGAACAAAUUGAAAUGAAAAGAAGAAAUAUGUUAUAUGUCAA